GUUGUAUAGUGUCAUCUGACUUCCUCCUGCUGUGAUGAUCUCCGCUCCAUUCUUAUCACUAACCGAUCCCUCACCAGCCUGGAUUUAUCAGGUAAUGAUCUCCAAGACUCUGGAAUGAGACGUCUGUGUGAGGGACUCCGACAUCCUGACUGUACUCUGCAGGAGCUGAGAAUAUUAUGGUGUGGUGUGACAUUAUGGUGCUGUGAUGAUCUCUGCUCCGUGAUCUCCACAAACCGAACUCUGACCAGACUGGAGGUGACAUUGGAUGAGGAGGAGACGUUCUACUCAGAAGUGAUUUGUCGUUGUUUUUGCGAGAUCCUCCGGAAUGCCGGCUUCACUGUGGAUGGA